CUCCGGCGUAACUUCCGCAGUCUGACUUUGCCGCAUGACUCGACCCGGCCAAUAGGAAAGCUUUCCGCCGGCGCGCGACUUGAUUCAGGAAGUCGCUCCCUUGUCCCGAAAAGUGGCGAAGAAUCAGCUCAUUUCGGGCAAAAAUGAGCGCUGAACUCGGGCUUCCCGCAAACGAAAACGGUGUUGAUCAAAAGGUUUUGGCCGCGUUUCCUCUCUGCGACGUGACGGAAGAGGACUUGCGACAGAACCCCCAAUUCUGUCAACUCCUGACCGCUCUCGCUCAUCACGUGGAUAAAAUGGGCCUCACUGGGCCGCUGAAAACAGAGCUGGAAAAGGCUGAGCAGAAGCUGAUGAGCCAGCGGCGGGUGUGGCUGCAGUCGGAAAGCCUGACCGGGGCGCUGCAGGAGAUGAUCCAGGACCACAAAGUCAGGAAGCGUCACGCCGCCGUGCCACCCGACCAGAGCACGUUCUACGAGACCGUGGAGAAGUGCCUUCUCGUGGCCCGGUGCGCGAGACUGCUCGAUCCCAGCGACACGACCGAGAAGGAUCGGCCCUCGGUUUUGGCUUUGACCCCCCAACGGGUCACGGAGUUCAUGCCUUCUGCCAAUAGCGUCGAAAGAAUGAAGCAGAUUUUACCCGCAGCGCUGGAGGAGCACCUCAGCAAGAAAUGUUUCACUUUUCUCUGCUACUAUCAGCCCGAAUGCGAGAAUCGGAACCAGAGUCCGGAGAGAAAAACGUUGUCUCAUCUGACUGCGCAACUCAAGCAGAGCAAAAAGAAGGCGGAGGAUUUGAAGGAACGCUCCCGGGAAAAGAGAGCGCUCCUCCAAAGGCAGACGCGACUCGGCCUUUCCGAGAUGAUACAGUGCGUGCGGCUCAUGCAGUCUUUCAUCCUGGAGAACCGCUUGAAGUUCCAGGUUGAUUUGGACAGGGACAAGCUGGACUACUUUGAAGGAAAAUGCGAAUUAAUCUCGCAGAAGAUCAAGGCUGAGAUGGUUGCCGUUCGACUGGAAACGUACACAGUUGACUCCAUUUCUGCCCACAAAGAAAUAAGAAAAAGUCUGCAGUCAGAGUUGAGAAGCUGCCAGGCGGAGAAAAACUCAGUGGAAUCCAAGUUGUUCUCUUUUGAGAUCUUGGGAAAGGAAUUUGAGGCCCUGGCUGAGGAGUACGGCAAACUACGACAAGAAAUUGACGUCAAAAACUGGGCCCUGAAGGAAUUCGCCACGUACGACGACCAGUGACGAUCGGGGCUGACCCGGUGCCGGCGGACAGACGUUGGACGAGGACGUGAUUGUUUUUUUUUUUUUUUUUUUUUUUUUCCCCCCCACCAGGAGAUUUGAAUGGAAUAGGAUUCAAUCUUUGUUCGUGGAUUGUUCCCCACAUGUACUGAAUCAAAUAAAUACACGCAAAGUUGCCGUUAUUGUACAUUAGUGUCCUGUGAGAAAAAUGAUUCCAUUUGAAAAAUACAUGGUAAUCUUUCCCAAUAUCACUUUAGGAUAGAUUGUUGCACAGAGUCCAACUGAGUCGUGGAAACGCGGCACCGACACCGACCUGUACGUGACAUACUCGGCCAUUCAAGCUGACCCAGGGAGGAAAAGAUUUGAAUUCACCGUGAUCUAAAGUAUGCGUGUAUGGAAGUAGACGAGUGCCACCGGGAUUUGAAUUUGAAACGUUAAAGUCAAUAAUUCGCUGUCUGAAAUUCAACUUCAUUGUAAAAAUUCACUUUUGGUGUGAAGCGCCACCGGGAUUGCACCGCCGCAGAUAUGUCACAUGACUCAGAAAGCUUAACUGGAUUGGCUGGCUGCUGGGUUCUGAAAUGCUUUGGUCAUGUCUGUGACCGAAGGUAACCCCUUCUUCUACGACGUUGAAUUUCAGACACUGAGUUGUUGAAUUUAACAUUUCAAAUUCAAAUCCCGGUGACACUUUUGACGGAUGGUGUGCCGUGAGAUUUGUUUUGUUCCCCUCGCAAAAUAUGCGCAAAACGGAUGCGGCACAAGUGCACGGGUUCAUGUAGUGCCCGAUGAUCCCCACUAGAGGGCGGAAGAGGACCAUCCAGUUCCAUGUUUUGAGAUUUGGUCGGGGCGCAAACGAAUGCCUCGAUAAUAAAGAUAUUUUCAAUAUAUUGGGGCUUGGAAAGUCACAUUUUCUCCUCCAGCUUGUUUCCUGGUGGCUUGCGGACUCAAAACAGUCACAUUCAAGGUUUUUUUUUCUUUUUUUUUU